GUGAUUAUAAUUGUUAUAUGGCUUUUGUAUUUCAAGCUGAAAAAGGAGAGAUGCCAUCUUUUAAUAGUGUUUCUUAAGAUGUAUAAUGAAAUUGAAAAGCUGUAGAUUGGACCUGGUAGCUAUAUAACACAUGAAUAUUAUAAGGUAAAGUAAGUAAAUGCUCCUUUUAAUUCUUCAGUUAGUAGGAAGGAAAGAAUUUAAAAUAUCAAUAUUCCAGGGCCAGGAAGCUAUUAUAAAGAUGAUUAAUAUGAUUAGUAAUGUAUUAGAAUAGAUUUAAGCAACAAUUAUGAUGUAUAAUAAGCUUCACCAAUUUUAAUGAAAAUAAAGAAUAAAAUAUAAUAAUCGUCAAUAUUUGCAUCGUAAUCUAGACGCUUUGAGGAACCUAUCACAAUGAUGACUCCAGGGUAGUUUAAAUAAAAAUUAAUUUACAAGACCUGGAUCUUAUGAAAUAGAUAAAGUUGAAACGAAACCAAUUCAGUAGAAGUAUACAUCUUAAAAUUAUAUGGAAAUUAUGUAGAGUUUAAAUAGAUAUUAAUCAAUUCCUUCAAUCCCAUCUGAUAAUUAGGUAUAUGGAUAUUCAGAAACAGGAGGUAUGAGAAAUUAUUAAUAUUAUAGCACAUGAUUUAGAAUCUAAUAAAAAUCCUUAACUUACUUAUUCAGGUAUAAAAUUAGAUACUGUUGGGCCUGGAAAGUAUUAAAUUAAAGAUACAUUUGAAUAUAAUAAAAAUAAAGGAACUUGUUGGCAUAAAUCAAAAACUCCUAGAUUAGCACCAACACUAUAAGAUAAAAAUAAGAGUAUAGGUCCUGGUACUUAUGAUUACAAUGGAUCUAUAUUACCACUUUAUAAAUUAAAUCCAUCAGGCAAUUUUUAAUCUAAAUCAACUAGAACAUUCGAUAAUUCUAAAGGUGAUAAACAAAAAUAAUUUAUGAAAAACUAUUUUGAUAAAUAAAAGGAAAAAUUAAUGAGAAAUCCUGGAUUUUAAGAUUUAGAAGAUGAAGAAUUUUAAUUUCUCGAUGUUAUUUAAUUUUAAUAAAUUUAGGAUACAACACCAGGUCCUGGUCAUUAUUUUGGUAACAUUUCAACUUUAUCAUCAUCGUCAUCAAAUUCUUAAAAAUAAUCAAUAAAAUUUGGUAAAGAUUGUUUUGGAUCUAGAUCAAAAAGAUUUUAAGAAUAAAAAAUUAAUUAUUAAAUAGGGCCUGGAGAAUAUUAAUUAUAAACACAAAAUCUAAAUUAAAAAUAGCAUUUUAUUUAACCUCCAUUUUUAUCAUCAAAUACAAGAUUUGAAUAAAGAUUAUAAGAUCGAAUACCAGGUCCAUAAUCUUAUGAUCCUAAAAUUUCUGUAUUUAUUUCUAUUUUUCAAUAUAGCUAUAAGAGAAACUAAUAAAAAAAUUAGAAAGAACUCCUAUAGGAAAUUUUGGAAUAAAUGAAAUUCGUUUUAAAUAAGAUUAUAAUUUUAUACCAGGACCAGGAACUUAUGAUUAAAAUAUUAAGGAAGGAAAAGGAAUUAAUUCUAUUUUUAAAUCAAAUACUGAAAGAAAAAUUCCUCAUAAAUAGAUGUUAAAUAAUAAUCCAGCACCAGGAUACUACAAUUUUAAAAAUAAAACUAUAGAAUAUGAAAUAAAAAAAAAUGAAGAAGAAAAUGAAGAAUAGAAAUAAUACAAACCAGCUUUUGGAUCAUCUAUACCUAGAUUCUAAAAUUAAAAAAAACAGAUUUUUGGAGAAUCAUCAGAUUAUAAAAAUGAAGAACUUGAAAAAUUACAUAUUACAUCAGCUUUAUUUAAAAAAACAAAAAAUUGUGAAGUAGCAUUUAAUGUUAGGGUAAUAAUUAUAUUGUUAAAAUUUAGGAAAAUAGAUUUCAAUAAAUAAUGAAAGAUACGCAAAGUUUGGGACCAGGUGAAUAUUUUAAUACGAAUAAUUGUAAUUGGGAUAAAAAAAGUUUUAAUGUUAUAUUUUAAAAAAUGUGA